UAACACGUCGGGCGCCCAGGCUGGCGCCAACAGCAGCGCGUUCGGGGAGCUGAGCGAGGCGCAGCUGUACCGCCAGUUCACCACCACCGUGCAGGUCGUCAUCUUCAUUGGUUCGCUGCUCGGGUUCCGGAGCCCUCGAGGGAGGGAUUUGAUGGAGACAUCAGUUCAGGCCCGAGUGUUCCAAGGUCUCUCAUUCUCUGUGUAAUGCCUGCCUGUGCGUCUCUGUAUUUGUUCUCAUUGCUGCGGGAGGCCUGAGCAAGGAGUCAGCAUCAGAGUCUUUUUGGACCUUGUUGGUAAACUUUGGCACUGCUUUCCCAGCAAGCCUCACUGACUUCUGUUUCUCCAGGGAACGCUGUUACCAGGAGCUUUGAAGAAUCCCAUAUUUUACUGAGAAAUUGGGGCUCUUUUUCUGAGCUCUUCUAUCUGGAGGCAGUUUUGUUUGAGAGAAAACAAGGCAGAUCGCCUUCCGGUAGCCACAAAUCACAGCAUGGCGACCAUAUUUCCUGAUUUCGCUAAUUGGACUGAAUGGGAGAAGUCGGACUGGGAACUUCACGGUGUUAUGGUCAACCUGCCGCACGACCGUGUUCAAAUCUGUCACCAACAGGUUCAUUAAAAACCUGGCCUGCUCCGGGAUUUGUGCCAGCGUGGUCUGCGUGCCCUUCGACAUCAUCCUGAGCACCAGCCCUCACUGCUGCUGGUGGAUCUACACGAUGCUCUUCUGCAAGGUGCUUAAAUUCCUACACAAGGUGUUCUGCUCGGUGACUGUCCUCAGCUUUCCUGCCAUUGCCCUGGACAGGUACUAUUCAGUCCUCUACCCUCUGGAGAGAAAAAUCUCUGACGCCAAGUCUCGGGAACUAGUGAUGUACAUCUGGGCCCAUGCAGUGGUGGCCAGCGUCCCUGUGUUUGCUGUGACCAAUGUAGCUGACAUCUAUGCUACAUCCACCUGCACGGAAGUCUGGAGCAACUCCUUGGGCCACCUGGUGUAUGUCCUGAUCUACAACGUCACCACGGUCAUUGUGCCUGUGGCUGUGGUAUUCCUCUUUCUUAUCCUGAUCCGGAGGGCCCUGAGUGCCAGUCAGAAGAAGAAAGUCAUCAUCGCUGCACUGAGGACCCCACAGAACACCAUCUCUAUCCCCUAUGCAUCCCAGCGGGAGGCAGAGCUACAUGCCACCCUGCUCUCCAUGGUGACAGUUUUCAUCCUCUGCAGCGUACCCUAUGCCACCCUGGUUGUCUACCAGACUGUGCUCAAUGUACCUAACACUUCUGUGUUCUUGCUUCUCACUGCUAUUUGGCUGCCCAAAGUCUCACUGUUGGCCAACCCUGUGCUCUUCCUAACUGUGAACAGAUCAGUACGCAAAUGCUUGGUGGGGACCCUGGUGCAGUUGCACCACCGGUACAGUCGCCGCAAUGUGGUUAGUACAGGGAGUGGGGUGGUUGAGCCUAGCCUUGAGCCCAGCAUGCGCUCUGGUAGCCAGCUCUUGGAGAUGUUCCACAUUGGACAGCAACAGAUCUUUAAGCCCUCGGAGGAUGAGGAAGAGAGUGAGGCCAAGUAUCUUGGCUCAACUGAUUUCCAGGCCAAGGAGGUACUCACCUCCUCCCCAGAGGGCGAGGAGUCACAGCUUGCACCCUCUGUGCCGCCUCCAGGCACAGUAGACUCUGUAUCUCGGGUGUCCCCAGUAGCCCCCGUGGAACCUGGCAUAUUCCCUGAUAAGUAUUCCCUGCAGUUUGGCUUUGGGCCUUUCGAGUUGCCCCCUCAGUGGCUCUCUGAGACUCGAAAUAGCAAGAAGAGGCUGCUUCCCCCACUGGGCAAUACCCCAGAAGAGCUGAUCCAGACAAAGGUGCCCAGAGUGAGCAGGGUGGAGCGGAAGAUGAGCAGAAACAAUAAAGUGAGCAUUUUUCCAAAGGUAGACUCCUAGCGAGGACUAUGAGUGCCUGAGAGUGUAAGGGAGCUUGUAUAUUCCUGUUCUCCCUUCCCUCUGGCUGCCACUGUGGGGCGAUAACUCCUUUACAUGGCAAAUGCUUCUGAAUGAAAGGGAAGUCUACAGAAAACCCAAUGUCCUCUUUAUUGAGGGAGUAUAUAUCUAUCUUAGUGAUCUGUGUCCUUCAUCACAUUCAGUGUAAGCUGGGCAGAAUGGAACAGGUCUGAGGGCUCUCUGACACAUUUUCUGGGAGAUUCCUCCUUUUUUUGUGUGCAGCAAAGAACUCAAAUGGAGCAGGCACUCCAAGGAGGCCCAGGAUAAUUCUGGGCUUCAAUGGCCACAGAGAAGAAGCUAAUUUGUUUUUAAAAUGUUUGUUUUGUUUUGUUUUGUUUUUUUUUUUUUGAGACUGGAUUUCUCUAUGUAGCCCCACCCUACAGAUUGGGCUGGCCUUGAACUCAGAGAGCCACCUGUCUCUGCCUUCUGAGUGCUGGGCUUAAAGGUCUGUGCCCACAUGCCCACUUAAGAAGCCUAUUUGGGUAGCUAAAUAAGAAUAACAAAUAGGAAAAUAUCUGAGAAGACAGAGCCAUGGUGUCGAAUGGUUUUUGCUAGAUUUCACAAUCACCCAACUCCUGGUUGCUAAUACCCCUCGUCUGGAUUUCUGGGUCAUAAAGGGGGGGAUGACUGGAUUUAUCUUAGGAUAGACAGGGCAGUGUCUGAGGGAGCCUUUUUGUCCUUGAUUAUCUCUCCACCCUGUUGGUAUCACCAAGGCCUCCAACAAAUGUACCUGCUUCCACCAGUCAGCCAUGCUGCCUGGAAACCACUGCCAACCAUUCACUGUGUGUCCAUUUUAUCAGCAACAAGAAGGGAAGAUUUGUGGUGGCGAAGACAGGCUGAGAAAUGCCCACCAUGAAUAACCUUUUUUCUCUCUCACGUGAUUAAGAGCAAAAGACUAGACUCAGUAUAGGGGGGUAUAGGCACAAAGUAAAACGUCCUAACUGGCAAAUGUUUGGAAUUAAAAGGUGCUUAAGAAAUGUAGGUGGCAUGCACUGGGUCGUUUGGCACCAUUAAGGUAAAAAUCCUUGAUUAGCACAAGCGACUCUGCCCUAAGACUUAUUAGUUUGACAUACAGGACACGCCCACCCGCCAGUCUCAUUUUCAGUGUGUUCUGAUUCUGGAUCCCACAGAAGGUGAGCAGAGCAGGAGAAAUAAUGAUUGCAAAUGCUAAAGCAAUUCCCACCCUGAUUUAGCACUCCAUCCUCUACUUCCAAUGAAGUUCAGGUAUGAGCCAUGGUGGAUGGGAGAAUGUGCUCUCUCAGCAGCUCAGUGCCCUGGCUCUCAUGUGUGAGCCACUCUGGGACUGAUGUACCAGACCUAAUUCAAACCCAACUCUCCCCUCAUACAUCAAGUUGGGAGCUCUGCUCUUCUUAGGGUGUUUUGUUCUUGUUUGUGGUCCUUGGUGGAGCCAGUCGGGCACCUUGAAUGGAUAGGUAUUCCUACGAGCAAACUUCUACAUCUCAAAGGCAGUGGUCCUAGCAGCACGUUUAGCCAUGCUGGCCCAUCGCCCCUAAGAGGAAGCUCAGCCCGUGUAUAGGGAGACUCCUUUUCUUUUCUUCUAUUGUGUUAUGUCUUGUGAACCCCAACAUCUCCUCCUUGGAGAGGGGGCGCCUUCCUUUCUGUGCACUGCCUCACAGACUUGUUUUCUCACGUCAGAGACAGGGUACUGUGCCCCUCUUGUGGCUCUGUGGCCCUCUGGGCCCUGUGUACCUGCCAUCUGUAGCUCUUUGUCCUGAUGCUGUGUUAAUGCUGUGGCCCUCCAAGCUCAUCUUUCAAAGCCUUCUUAAUUGUUACAGCUUUUACUAAGGGGAAAAAUAAUCCCUCAGAGAAUCCUAUGUACCAGAGAAGAACCUGUGAAAUGUACGUGUGUUGCUGUCGUCCUGACCUGUAUGUGUGACUUAAUAAAUUCUCAACAGCGGAGUUUGGUUCACCAAAUUCUCAUGUAUGUUGGAAAGAGAAGGCUGACGUCUAGCAGGCUGUCGCCGAGUGUAUUUCUAUACUCUUUGAAGAAUAACAUUUUAAUAAAAAUUAUAAAGCUGUU